UGAUAUUCCAACCUUGUGAUGGACAACAACCAAUGAGAUAUUUGCUAACACUAAAAAAGAUGGACAACGUAAGGGACCUUAAAAUUUCUCUGCUGGAGGUGCUAGAACAGGACCAUGGUUCGCUUGAGAUCAUACUUGCUGAGGUGGUUGAAAACCACGUCUCAAGAUUUCUGGACGACGGCACGCUGCUGUGGCUCGUCAACGACGCAUCGCGCGCGAUCCACGCGUUCGAGAUGAGGCUGCAGCCAGUCGCCGGCAGUCCGACGCUCCCGUCCCCACCACGCGUCGACUCGAUCCCCGACCCCGACCCCGUCGGCAGUUCGCGCGAGCGUCGGUCGUCCGAGGCGGGCUGCGAUGGCGAACCGGGCGGGUCUAGCGACAACCCCGACGAUGCCGGCGGCAGCAGGGACGUUGGCGGUGGCAGCGGCGGCAGCAAGGGAUGCGGCGGCACGGCAGUGCUUGACACGAGUGCGGCGUCUCGGAGCGGGCGCCACAUCGAGCAGUGGCGGUCCUGUGCAAUAUGCCUCGAGGAAAAGCCGGACGUUGAGCUGUUCAUACACGCGGAGUGUGGCUGUACGCUGUGCCAGAUCUGCAUCGAGAUGUCGUGCAAGCAUUAUGGAGAUACGAAUUUGCCCUGCCCAGUCUGCAGCGAAUUGAUUGGGCCCGAGGCAUAUGUACCUCUGCACAAAUUAGCUGAUUACAAGCCAAAGAUAAGGACUAUACCAAUGUGUAUAGUUUUCCGAAGACAGUCCGCCGGCAGUAAGAAAUUCACGCGGUUUGGCAAUCCAAGGGUUGCAUACCUGCCCGGCAGGCUCACUCCACAGAAGCUCUAUGACUACGUGAACAGCCUGAUGCCUCAUCUAGAGGACUUUACCAUUAGUCUUACUGACGCACAGGGUCAGAACUGCUCACGCUGCAUGUUCACUCGCCGCUGCCCCGGCUGCCCGUUGUCCAGAGACGCGGAGGUGAUCUUCAUGCCCGGUGACCACCUGACCGUCACGUUCAUCGACCCCGUCGCCAGCAUCGCCGAGCUGCUGUCGAGUUGCGCCGAUCACAAGUCUGUCGUCGACCGGAGGGGCGAGAAACCCGUAGACCUUCAGGAUUGCUUUGAGGCUUUUUCCGAAAGUGAGAGUCUGGAUGAGCAUAACCCUUGGUACUGCCCUCAGUGUCAGCAAAACCAAAGAGCAGAGAAGACGAUGACCAUUUGGCGUUAUCCUCCUACACUUAUCAUCUAUUUAAAAAGGUUUGUGUUUUAUGACCUGACUAGUCUGAAGUUGGAAGACACGGUCCUUUUCCCUCUGGAGCAGCUAGACCUCUCACAGUUCAUUUCAGCAACGCACAAAGAAAACGACUUUGUCUAUGAUCUGCACAGCUGUGUCUGCCAUUUUGGAGGGCCAAACGCUGGUCAUUAUACAUCUUAUACCAAGCACCUACUAUCUGAUGAGUGGUUUUUCUGUAAUGAUGACACCCUUACCAAGAGGGAGCCACAAUACGAAGACCAUAAUAAUGCUUACAUUCUUUUCUAUCAGAAAACAGGGCUGAACGCAGGUUUUAAGCUACCCGACCAGCUACCGCAGUUUGCAGAUGACACGCGGAGUUUCGCGUCAAUGUCACUUGUACCGACGCAGCCAAUCAGCCACACAAUCAGCAGGCUGCUGCAGGACCUAGCUGACCAGCAGGAUAAUGAUGAUGAUACGCAUGGUGCAGAGGUCACGCACAGUCCAGAGAUCAUGCACGGUACAGAGGUCACGCACAGUCCAGAGGUCAUGCACGGUACAGAGGUCACGCACAGUCCAGAGGUCAUGCACGGUACAGAGGUCACACACAGUCCAGAGGUCAUGCACGACACAGAGGUCACACACAGUCCAGAGGUCAUGCACGACACAGAGGUCACGCACGGCACAGAGUUCAUGCUUGAUGCAGAAGUCAUGCUCGAUGCAGAGGUCACACAUGGCACAGAGGUCACACACGGCACGGAGCACACACAUUGCCCAAAGGUCACGCAUAGUGAAGAGGUCAUGUUAGGUGACAGCACGAUGACCGAGCUUGCUCACUCUGGGGAGCAUUCAGGGGGGCCUAUCUCGGAUGAUUCGCCGUAACGACCGUAGCCUCACUGCGACCCCCAUGAACCUCUCUGUCUCACGCGACUCACUGCCGCACCUGCAGCGUCACUGAGAUCUCGUGGAUGACCCUGCCCCGGAUGUCUCGCUGAAGCUUCGUGAGCAAAGAUGGUCUCAGGUUACUCAUGGUUGCCUCACGAGCCACGCUGUCCUAGAUGCUACACGUGCAGGCAAUGUAUUACAGUUGGCCUUUUUUGUUGAUCCCUCCAGAGUGAUUCCUUUUCCACAUGGUAUAGAUAUGCUGCUAUUUUGUGGCAAAUAUGAGGCUAAGUUAUUUUAUGCGAGUAUGGUCACUCUCCUGGUUUUAUUGCUGUUGAACAAUUGCUUUGCCAUGUUAUUUUUGUAAAUUGCUAACCCAAAAGAUUGUGUUUUAAGGCACGUGUUUUUUGCUAAAAAGCUGAUGAGAUGAUUCCAUGAAGGUUGAGGGACUACACUUUUUGGGCUUUCACUACCAAUUUCUUUUUGUGUUUAGAAUUAUAAGUGAUGCCAAAUGUUUCUAGUGCCACCUGGGGUGAUCGAUGGAAGUUGGGCUUGGCAUGUUCUUUUUGCAAUUUUCAUUUAAAUAUUUUUUUUUACUAUGCCAUGUUUGGUGUGAAACCAAAGGAUAGUAAGAAUGUAAACAGACCAGGUAAGUUAACAUAGGUUGGAGUGUGUCUUUAUAAACAUAAAAUUACACAUGUACUAUUGCUUAAGUUCUAUUAUUUAUCAACCAUAUCAUUAAAAUGUACUGUGUUGCAUUUGGAAUUGAUCAUUCUCUGUAACAUUUCAGUGCUUUUAUACCUGGUCUAAUUAUUGGCAUGUACAGAUUUGUAGGUACAAUUGUUACGCAUUAAUGCGUUAAUGCAUUUCUGGCAAUUUUAAAUUCUAAUGUAAAAUAAAACGACCAUGAAUUACGGGAACAAAGGUAUUACGCCACUACCAUGUAUAAUGCUUGGCAGCAUUAUGAUAGUUUUCACGGGGCUGCUUGGAUUAUUCGUUCACACAACUGAAGUUUGUUUUUGUGUAUCUACACACCCUCACACGUAUGCCUUAGUGUUAUCAAUAUGUAAAGAAUACAAGUGGCGAUUAGAGUUCUCAAGUCCUUGUUAAACUAUGUGAGCCUUGUCUUGCCUUUGCUGGCAUGAUUCACAGUUAUUUGAAUUUCAUGAGAUUCUAAAAUGGUCAGAACCAUGUAGGAAGCUGUGUAGCCAUAAUAACAACAGGUAUGAAAGUAUUUGCAAUGUAUCGAUUGAGGUAAAUAACAUUUAAUUACCAUUUUUAUUAUUAAUGGACAUGGUUAUUAAUUAUCAAUUGAUCUUGGUAAAUCUGUGCAGUUAAAUGUAAAAAAUGUAUUUUUAUCUGACCAUAUAUAGGCCUAUGCCCGUGUAUAUGAAAUUCAAGAAUGUCCUGUAAUAGUACCUGAUAAAAGUAGGUUGUCUUCAAUGUACACGUAUAGAAAUGAGCAAUGCCAGAAAGUAAUGCUACAUCGUACCUAGUCAAAUUAAAUUUGAUAAAGUACCACUCAUGGUUUUAUUGUAGUAGCAUCUAACCAUGAACAUAUGUCUCGUGAUAUGAGAUAUACAUAUGUUCAUGGUCUAACUCACUGUUAUCGAUAAUGUAGACGUUUGGUAUGUGAAGUACGUAACUAUUUAAGUAGUAUUUAAGCAAGAAGUGAUUUUAUCAUAGUAUACAUGUAUGGUCUCUUAAAUAUUGCUAUCAAUAUAUAGACGAACUAAUGUUGCUUAUAGUUUUGAAACCAUGAAAACACAACGAGUUAAGUAAAAGGUUAUAGCCAUAAUUUGCCAUAACAGAUAGAGAAAUCUGUGAAUUGAUAUAUUUUACUUAAUUUAGUUUUCAAUCUGUAAGUUAGCCUAUAUCUCAGCAUUAUUAAAUGCCUGUAAAAAGUGUAAGCCCAUUACAUUCAUACUGCAUCAUUGCAGUCGUCUUAUGUGUAUAUUGGAGGGGUAGUUCAAGUAAGUUAAUUUACAUUUGUUAAUGUGAAGCACAGUAGAUGAAAAAUCACGUUGAUAAGCAAAUAAUUUGCAUGCAUAUAACUACAAUUAAUAUCAAAUAUGAAAUAAUUGGAAAACUCCAGAAAGUCCACGCUUGUUAGAUACAUUGUGUAAGUUUCUAACCCGCGUGUUACAUUGUCAACAAUUGCAUAGUCAACAUUACAUAGUCAACAACUGGUAUUACCAUUACCAUAGAUAUAGAAGAAGAUAUAGAUAUUCUUCUAUAUAUAUCUAUGGUAUUACGUGUCUAUGUCUGUAGGUUUGUGGCACGGGACUUUCAAUUAUGCUAACGCUAUUCAUUUCUGUUACUUGCACGUUUUCUUCGCAGUGUAACAGCAAGAACCAUAAACAGCAUUUUUGGUGCAUUUUGUCGUAAUCUGCAUUUGUUACGUGGUGGGCUCGACAUGUUCGAAAUUAGACGUUUUGUUUGCAUAUACAUGUCUACUGGGAAUGUAUAAUGUUGAAACAUGUACAGGUGGUCUAUACCUUUUUAAAAUAAAUAUAAAGGUAGGGUCACAAGCCUGACGCUCUUUUCAUGCAUUUAAUGUUCACAUGUGACAUAUCUCGUGUUGUAAUCCGAAAUGUAACUUAUAUAUUAAACUGUAUAAUUUGCGGUUGUCAUAUUCA